CAGUUUUGCAAGCCCUCGACGCCACCGCUUAGGGUGGUUAUAUCACACUUUCCAACUCGUCCUAAAUUAGCUUUUCUUUUUGUCGCGUCUGAGGGUUGACCAUGGCCUCGGAUAGGUCACCGCCCCAGAAGUCGCAGCAACACCACGUGAGGCUCAAUUCUUCUUCUUCCGCUGCAGCAACAGCCGCGGGUCAACGUCGCAUGCCCACCCCUGGCCAGUCUUCCCGAACGGGUUCUGCCGACUCUGCCUCCCCCCAAGGGCUUGCCACCCUCAACGAACGGCUGUCUCAACCCAUGACGGCAGGCACUUCAACUCCAGAAGUUGCGGGUACGGAGCCGCCUAGUACCUCCGCCACUCCUGCGCCCUAUGGGACGCGCUCCAGAGGUCGUAAUGCGGCGCCUCGCCCCAACUACGCAGAAGAUCGUGACAUCGACAUGGACCUGGAAAUUGCUCAACCCGCAUCCAAGGCUGCCAAACGAAGUAACGGCGUACCUAACAACUCAGCCAACGGUACUAAAGCAGAUGGUGAAAAACCCGCACCAUCUUCAAGUUCUCGAAAAUGUCAAACAGCGGUGAAUGGAUCUAGUCCCGCUUCCACUGCUAAAGAUGCAAUUCCUGGUACAUCGUCCUUCUCUGCAAAAGUAGAAGAAGCCAACGGGUCUUCGAAUUCAAGAAAACGAAAGCAACCGGCAAGUACUACGAAUUCUAGCUCUGCAAAUGGAAGCGCUUCCAAAAAGAUCUUCACCACGGCUCCCGGCGUCAGCCAAGGGCAAAAUGAUUCCAAUUCAAAUAUGGUCUCUUUUGAGAGCCGAGGCGCUUAUUUAGAAGACGGUAAAAUAACAGCUGACGAUGGCACAACGUUUUCCGUAAACGACCACGUUUACCUCAUCUGUGAACCUCCGGGAGAACCAUAUUAUUUGGCACGUAUUAUGGAAUUUCUUCCGAACAAGGAUGUGCCCUCCAGUCCCGUUGAGGCGGUGCGGGUUAAUUGGUAUUACAGGCCACGUGAUAUCCAACGCAAGGUUGCAGAUACGAGACUAGUAUUUGCAUCUAUGCAUUCCGAUACAUGUCCGCUUACUUCGUUACGUGGAAAAUGCCAAAUCAAGCAUAUCUCGGAGAUUGAUGAUCUUAACGAGUACAGGAAGACCCGGGACAGCUUUUGGUAUGACAAGAUGUUUGACAGGUAUAUUCAUCGAUACUAUGAGGUCAUCCCUACCAAGAGAGUAAUAAAUGUUCCGGCGAAUGUCAAGAGGGUCCUUGACGAACGCUGGAAAUUUGUUCUUGUCGAGAUUGGCAAACGGAAAGAACUGACUAGUGCGGUUAAAACCUGCAAGCGGUGCAGUCUAUACGCUGCGAGUACUGAUUCUGUGGAUUGCGCUGUUUGCCACGAUACGUAUCAUAUGUAUUGUGUACGGCCUGUUCUAACUAAGAAGCCUGCUCGAGGAUUCGCUUGGGCUUGUGCAGCCUGCAGUCGUGCUCAAGAGCGGAAACUUGAGGCUCGAAACACUCCGAUCCUUGGCGAAACUCAACAGGACGUGGAAGAAGAAGUUGUGGAAGAGGAGGAGGAGGAGCCUAGCGGUGCGAACGGUACAACAGGUAGCACCCCUGCCGUCACGGAAGAAGAGACUAUUCGGCCAGCUACAGAGGAACAAGUCGCGCAGGCCAGGAUGUGGCCGUAUCGCUACCUAGGCAUCCACUGCCGUGUUGAAGACGCAUUAGACUAUGAUGACCGUAUAUACCCCCGAGCCAGCUCUCGGCUGGGGCCACGAUUCCAAGCGAUCGUCAAUCCGUGGCCUGGGCGUCCUGUGGAAUAUGUUAAGCCAACGGAUAUAAAAAAGAAAUACAUGAAGAGCUCUGGGGGUCGCAAGGAUUCGAAACUCUCGAAGGAGGCCCUUGCUGCACUCGAAGCCGCUAAGCAAGAGAAGGCAAACAGGCCAAAUUGGGUUAUGGAUGAGCCAACUGGAUACGUACGACGCGGCGAAGACGAGCCAGUUACCGUGAACAGCAAGCAGGUCCGCACUGCGGAGUUAAUGUUCAAAAUGCCUAGUGCAACACAGAUACCCUCUAGAGGUGAAGACGAUGCCCCUGGUGCGGAGCUCAGCGCCGCAGAUCGAGAGAAAUAUGUCGACGACUACAUGGCAAGAGCAAAGGAAUUGGCGCCUAUUCUUGGGGUUGAGAAAUAUUCGACGAACUUCCUGGAUAAAGCUUUGGAGCUGCUAUAUGCCAAUAGUUUUGAUGCUGAGGCUGCUCUCUUAGAAUUGAAGCAGAUGAACAAGUAUAAGGAUCUUAAGGAACCUCAUCUGCGCCCCGAAGAGGUCAAAGCAUUCGAGCAGGGUGUUGCGAAAUAUGGAUCAGAGUGGCGGAACCUGACGAAGCAUGUCGGUACCGUACCGCAUUAUCAGAUUGUGCGAUUCUACUAUAUGUGGAAGAAGACAGCCCGCGGCCACCUGAUCUGGGAUAAUUAUGAAGGUAGGCGGGGAAAGAAGGAAGCCAAACGGAGCAAUCCUGCAAAGCUUGUGGAUGACGUAGCCGAUGAUCAUGACGAUUCCGCCUAUGACAACGAGAAGGCCGUUGAGAAAAAGCGUGGUUUUCAGUGCAAGUUCUGCUCUACGCGGACCUCGCGCCAGUGGCGACGCGCUCCUGGGGUCCCACCCGGCACUACAACCCCAAGCGAGCCAUCAUCGAAGCAACGAGACAAGGGACCGCAGCUCACAGUGGCUCUAUGCUUGCGAUGUGCUUUAUUAUGGAGAAAGUAUGGAAUUCAAUGGGAGAAUGUCGACGAAGUUGCCAAGAAAAUUUCUCAAAGCGGCAACAAGUCGUGGCGCCGUCGUGUUGAUGAAGAAUUGCUGACACAGCUCCUUAUUUCCACCGAGACUCCGAUCAGUAUCAACAGUGCGACUGCGGCUACUGCGGCCUCUAUCGGCGUUCCUGUGACCUCCAACCCUCAAGUGCAACAAGAGUCUGCAAAGAAGAAGGGGCGCACCAACGAUAAAGAUAGUACCGCAACUUCGACCGCUACAUCGGUGGAACCGGUGCCGAAGAAGAAGCCGGCUCCUGAAAAGGCCCCAGAACCGGCACCGAUCGUCCCUGAUCCACCCAAGGCUAAGACACUCCCAUGUGCCGUUUGUAAUAAGAUGGAACCUAUAGGCGACCAACAUCUGUCUUGCAGGGACUGUCGACUAACCGUUCAUCGAAGCUGCUACGGAGUCAACCCUUCGCGGAACUGCGCUAAAUGGUUGUGCGAUAUGUGUGCCAAUGAUAGGAAUCCAUUGUUCUCGACUUGCUACGAGUGUGUUCUGUGCCCCGUGACCUGGACGGAGCAUGAAUUAAUGGAAGCUCCAAAGUCGACACACAAGAAGAAGACUGAACGAGAUCGAGAAAAAGAAAGGCUGGAAAAAGAGAUGGUUAGCGAGGCUAUCAAACUAUAUCGGCAAAGACAAGAGGCUGUAGGCAAGCCGAUCGGUCCCCGUGAACCGCUGAAGCGGACUGAUGGGAACAAUUGGGUCCAUGUGACAUGUGCUGUUUGGACUCCAGAGAUCAAGUUUGCCAAUUCCAAAGAGCUUGAGCCAGCUGAAGGAUUUGCACUCAUUCCUGCAGACAAAUACCGCGAGGUUUGCAGGAUUUGCAAAUCGAACAAAGGUGCCUGUGUACCAUGCCAUUUCAGCGGCUGCAAUGCCCAGUUCCAUGUCGGAUGUGCAUUCCAGGCGCAGUACACAUUUGGCUUCGAUAUCACACCUGUUAAGAGCUCUAGGAGAGAUACCGUGAAUAGUGUACGACUUAAAGAUGAGGUAGGAGUGGCCUCCGCGGGAAUCUGGUGUCCUCAUCACACAAUUCCGACUGUUGUUCAUGCAACAAGUGAGCCGACAGAGGAAGAGGGUAUCAACACACUCCAAAGAUUUGUCCAAAAUUACAAGCAAGCGGACCUUUCCUUGACUGGGACCCUUCGCAGAGCGGCGUACGUUCAGCAGUCUGUUAGUGCAUCCCAACAUAAUGUGACGCCGGCCGGACACCGACGGGCAUCCACUGUGAAUGGCGUGGCAGCUCCCCCGCCUACAGCGAAGGAUACCCACAAGAAUACCAGGGCGAGUCCCGAGGAAGCUACGGAUGAGAUGGCUAUUGAUUCCGAAAAUCAUGCAACUGUUCAGGUUACAAGCUCAGAUGCAACGCGACAAUGUGCGCGUUGUUCCACCGCUUACAGCCCUCGAUGGUGGUCUAUUGACAAAUCACGGCGAACGACGACUGUUGACCACAGGCCAUCUCUACUGAACGGAGUUGGAACGAACGAAACCAGAUUUCUGCCUGCGACCUCGGCAAGUCCACCAUAUAUUCAUCGGAACCCUUCUCAACAUACUCUCACAAAACUCAACGGUGAAUACGGCCCCGCAGAUAGGAAUGGUUCAGUGAGCAAUGUUGAGGGAUCAUUGGGCCAGCCAAAUCAGGAAUCGUACGAGUGCCAUAAGUGUCAUCUCAAGCAGAUACCAGCCCAACCCUCUCCGGAGCCUCGGCCAUCUCCCUAUUCAGCUCAACGGCCAGUCCUACCCGCUCCCCGUCUUCCUUCAGAAUAUCCCAGCCACCCUUACGGGCCUCAUGCCCAUCCUCAAACCGGGGUACUACCAAGGCCUCUUGGCCCACCGCCUCCUAGUGGACCUGAAUGGUACCCGGGAUAUGAACAACGUCCCAGCGACUAUGGGGAUAAGCUGCGCAAUGGCCUUCCAGUCGCUAGCUACCGCGGAGGACCUCCACCACCGCCGCACCAUAUGAAUGGCUUCCAACCAACUCCUCCACACCAUGCCCCGCCGCAUCAUUAUACAGGCGGAGCUCAUCCUCCCCCACCUCCUCAGCCUUUCCCCUCUCACCAGAGCCCCUAUGGACCUGUGUCUAUACCUUCACCCCAUGUUUCUCACCCGGCAGGACCUAGGCCGUACGCCCCAUCGGCGUCACCUCCGGAUGUGCACUCAACGAUGGUUCGGCACUCUCCACAACACUCUCUUAGCGCAUUGAACGGGGGGCCACCGGCACGUGUCUACUCAGUUGACCGCGUUCUCAGUGCGCCAACGCAGUCGCCCCCAGUUUCGCAGUCACAUGUUGAUCUUCGAGGCCGGACCCCACCAGUCAAGUUAGAUGAUACACCUGUCGUUGCGCCCACGGGUCCGACAAGCAGCAGCAGGCACAUGAAUGUAAAUGGGACAAAUGGUGGCUCUGGCGCCAGCGCCAGCCCAUCUCUAAAGAAUCUACUCUCUUAAAAUCUUAAGAUUCCAUGCCAAAGGGAUGUUUAGGCGAUGUAUGAUAUAUCCUUAUUUUCUUCUUUUCUUUCUUUUCUUUCUCUUC